AUGCAACUUUCGGUCGGAGACGUGUUCAAAUCAAAGAAUGAAGCGCAAAAUGCGAUAAGAAUGUACGCGAUAGACAACAGUUUUAAUUUUGAAACAACAGAUAGUACUCCAAAAAAGUACACGAUACAAUGCAAAGAAAGAAGGACGCACGGGUGCGACGCCGUCAUAACAGCUGCGCUGCGCAAGAAAGAUAACAUGUUCGUGAUCAAGAAGCUCAAGAACGCCCACAACUGCCCGCAGCAGUCUUCCCUGAGCGUCCAGUCGUCUGGCAGAUACAUCGCAGACGAAAUAAGAGAAAUGCAGGACGUGGAAGAUACGAGAAUCGGCCAGAUAAUUAACAGAAUUUCAUCGCGCCGCGGGAUAAAGAUAGGAUACUACGCAGCAUGGAAAGCCAAGAAAAACGUGCUAAACGACGAGAUAGACGAAGAGGCAGCACAGGAAGAGUGUCUGCAGUCGGUCGUUGAAGAAAACAGCCACAUCAACCCAGACGACACGCUUUCCGUGCUCAACAUGAAAAAAGAAAUAGAAAAGUGGAGAUCCCUCAAGACACAGAGCGAAGAGACAGGGUGCAUCAGACAGGUCAUACGAGCAAUUGGGCCACUAGACACAGCAGGCAGCAGGCUAGACACUCUCUUCUACGCGAGCAAUCUUUCCCUCCACGUGUACUCGAACAGCAGACAGGUAAUAGACCUCACAGUGCACGAAAGGUGCAACGAGCUGAGAGAGCACGCAGGAUAUGCCUAUAUAGCCACGGGAUAUGAUGCAUUUGACACACCGUACAUCCUCGCGAUGUGCUAUGUCCCUGAGUACUGCCCCAAAAAAGAGGGAUGGAUAGUUUUUAUGCGAGAAAUGCUGAAGGUGAUCGACUCAGGCGUAUUUAUGAUGGACUGGGAGGGAUGCCAUGCAACCAUAGAAGAGAUAGAAGAGCUCAUCAGGGAUAAAAAUAGCAGCAUUAAUAGCACAGCUGCAUCUGGGUCUUUGAGCAGCUACAGCGAUGCUUCACCGCUCUACUCGAUGGGCAUCCAUGGGGAGAAUCCCUGGAAGGGACACUUUGACAUCGAGGAAGCCAUCAGGGCAGGGGAUGUGGGAGGCCCGGGAUCAGGGCGAGGGAGCAAAGUGCGGUUAUUCUUGCGCACUAGAUCCCUGUGCAAGGCGAUCUUUGCCACACAUCCCGUCUCAUCCGCUAUUUCUCUUGUCUGGUCCCUGUGCAACAGCCCAGACCUUCCUACGUUCCAAGUGUACUACAAGAAAGUGAAGGCCCUGGGAGUUCCCUCGCUUCUUUCUCUGCUUUCUUCCCUGCCCACGCACCUCUGGGCCAAGUACCUGUGCGAGUACCCAAUAUACGGGAAAAACAACUCAGUUCCUGUGGAGAUUGAUGGAGUGCUGGGAAUGCUCACUCUGUCUCCGAUUGAUGCGCUCUGCAUGGUCAUCAAGAUCAUCUCAGAUAAUGCGCUGAAAAAGAAGGAAAUAGUGGCGCAUGCUGAGCUGUCGACCAAAAAGGCAACAGACAGAGCAAGAUUUGGAGAGAGCGUAAACAGGGCAGUGGACAUAAACAUCCUUAAGUCGCAGUCGUACGAUGCAGACAUUGGGAGGGCACCAGGCGAGCUCUGCAGAUCUUCGUGGAUCGAUCCAAGACGGCUGAAUGACGAAGAGGAGCACAAGCAGGGCAUAGUAUAUUCUGGCAACCUGAAGUUCUACGUUGAUCUGCGUCUCCGCGUGUGCUCAUGCAUGAAGUUCCAGGACAUGAACUACCCAUGCUCGCAUGCGUGUGCGCUGAUUACGAAGGUGGGCGGGCACUGCAAUGCGUACAUCGAUGAAAUGUACUCAAUUGAUGCGUUGAUGGCGAUGUAUAAGCCGUACACCACAAGAUGCAUAGUAGCAGAGCCAAUCAAGGGAACAGAAGAAAGAAGGAGGCCCUGUGCUACUAGCCAGAUAAGCCUGCUGCAGUCGAAUAAGGCUGUGUGUGUGGGAAAGAGAGUAUUAGGAUAUGACACAGAAGAGUUUGCAGAAGUACAAGAGCACAAAGAGAAUCUCGUGAGAUAG